AUGGAUGCGGAUGCUCUUUCCAGGUUUCAUGAAUUUCGACCUGUGUUCUUGAUGGAUGCAAAUGCUCUUUCCAGAUUUCAUGAAUUUCAACCCGUGAACAACUUGUGUGGUCGCUUUACAAUGGAGAUCCAUGGUCGAAUUUUGGGGUUGAAGCCUGAAACUGGUGAACAACAAGAAGAUUCUUUUGAAAAUCUUGAAAGGUUCAUAAUUGAUGCAAAUACCGUCAAAGAGUACUCAGAGUGCUCGGUGUGUCUUGGAGAGCUUUCAAUUGGGUCAAAAGCAAUUCAAUUGCCAAAGCCUUGCUCUCAUGUCUAUCAUCAACAUUGCAUCAUUAAGUGGCUCAACAAUUCAAGAACAUGCCCCUUGUGUCGGAGAACUAUCUGA